UGAUAGGCUUUUCUGUCUAUUCAUGAAUCUUAGAACUUACAUUGUGUAUAAAUAUUUCAGAAAAUGUUAACAGUUCUAUUUCAGAUAUCUCUAAACUUUCCCUUAAUGCACUAUCAGGUACUGUUGCAGUAAUUACUUCUGAUGGAAGAAUGAUUGUGGGAACCCUCAAAGGUUUCGAUCAGACCAUUAAUCUGAUUUUGGAUGAAAGCCAUGAACGAGUGUUCAGUUCUUCACAAGGAGUUGAGCAAGUAGUGCUGGGAUUAUACAUUGUAAGAGGUGAUAAUGUUGCUGUCAUUGGUGAAAUUGAUGAAGAGACAGAUUCAGCUCUUGACUUGGGAAAUAUUCGAGCAGAGCCUUUAAACUCAGUUGUGCAUUGAAAAGAAGAAAACUGGACUUUGUAAAUCUUUGGUUGUACAGACCUAUUUAACAACAUGGAUGAUUUUUACGAAUUGUGUUUAAUUUCUUUAGUCACCAGUUUUUUUUUAUUACGAAUAUGUUGUAGUUUUGCAUGUAAAUUAAAAGUUUCUACAUUUUACU